AUGUCUUUUCCGCACAAGUCGUGCUUCAGGUUGGUGCCGGCGGGCAGGCAGCUGGUCACCGGGCUGGGUUUUCGGCUUGGGCACGGCAGGCCGGCCCCGCACCUCUGCCCGCGGGCGCUGGGGGCGUCGGGGAUCGCCGAUGCGCCUGCAUCGUCCGCGGGAGCCACGGCGGGGAAUCCGCCCGCGGAUGGCCCGGCGUUCAAGGCGUACAUAGAUUUCAAGGCCAUCAGAGAGAACUUGGAGGAGGUGAGGGACAACUGCAGGAGGAGGAACAGCGGAGCCGACCCGGACCUGGUGGUGUCGCUGUACAACGAGUUUGUGGAGGUCAGCCGGGAGUGCGAUCGGGCGAGGGCGGCCCGGAAUGAGAACAGCAAGUCGAUGAAGGGACAGAUGGAACCCAGCGACCGGCAGGCGCUUAUCGAAAAGGGACAGCAACUGAAGGAUGAGCUCGGUAGACUGGAAGGAAGGCUUACUGACAUACAAAACACUAUGCAAAGAGAGGCCCAAAAGAUCCCAAACCUAACACAUCCACAAACGCCAGAUACAGAGCCUGUCUUGGUGAAACAGGUUGGGGAGCCCCGCGACUUCAAAUUCAAAAUAAAAGAUCAUGUUGAACUAGGAGAGGCACUUGACAUCAUCGACUUUGAUGCUGGUGCACAAGUGAGUGGCAGCAAAUUCUAUUAUCUUCGCAACGAAGGGGCGCUACUGGAGCUGGCCCUUGUGCACUGGACGUUUGCCAAAGCUGUGUCCAAGGGUUUUGUGCCUGUGACUACUCCAGACCUCGUGAGGUCCAGCGUGUUGGAGAUGUGCGGGUUUCAGCCACGGGCUGAUAACACGCAGGUGUACAGCAUCGCCGAUUCCCCUCUGUGCCUCACAGGCACAGCAGAGGUUCCACUUGCUGGCUCAUAUAUGAAUCGCAUACUGAAGUCUGCUGACCUGCCUAUCUGCAUGGUUGGUUUUGGGAGGUGCUUCAGGACAGAAGCUGGAGCUGCGGGGAUGGCUGGCAAGGGUCUUUAUCGUGUGCACCAGUUUAGCAAGGUCGAAUUGUUUAUAUUAUGCACACCUCAGCAGAGUGAGGACCUGCUGAAGCGCCUUGUUGACUUUGAAGAAGAACUCUAUGCCGAGCUGGGUCUCCACUUCAAGAUCCUGGACAUGCCAGCAUCUGACCUUGGGGCCCCUGCUGAAAGGAAAUUUGACAUGGAAGCUUGGAUGCCGGGACUACAGAGAUAUGGGGAACUGUCAAGCGCAUCAAAUUGUACUGACUACCAGAGUCGAAGACUGAACAUUAGGUAUCGACCUGAUGCGGAUGCUGCUGCAUCCGGUGGAAAGAAACAGAAGAAGUUGCCCACGGAGUUUGUGCAUACCCUGAAUGCAACUGCAUGUGCAGUCCCUCGUCUCGUUGUGGCCAUUCUGGAAAAUUUCCAGCAGGAGGACGGGACUGUUGUGAUUCCGAAGCCGUUGAUACCGUACAUGGGCGGUGUGGACCGGAUCAUGAAGUUUUAG